AUUAAUCAUUAUACGUAAUGAUCAAAUUAUAAAAUAAAAAUUUUCAAUUUCUGCUAUUUGCAAGGCGCAUGAGGCCAUGAGGCAAGAUCGCCAAGAUACUUAAUAUCAAAUUCUCACUCAGUUCGUCAGACUUCUGAUCCCGGUUUCAGUAAUAAUCAACUUAAAGAAAUAUAACGUUUUUUACUUGAAAUAGUAAAAGGAAAAUAAUUAAUUUGUGAAAAUAGCAAAUUCAGACAUUUAGAAAUGGACGAAGAAGUUCAGUUAAAAAAUAUUAAAGAAUUUUUACAAAAUUAUAACAAAAUAACAGAUGAUUGUUUUUCUCAAUGUGUGUAUACUUUAACUCAAAGCAGGUUAACAGGUGAAGAGGCAUUGUGCGCAAGUAAUUGUGUCCAGAAAUCUAAGUUUGUUGAUCAAAAAUGUAUGCAAGCAUUUAUUGAGCAUCAGCAACAAUCAAUGCAAAAAUUUGUUGAAGAAUCUUCUCAAAAACAAGCCGAACAGGAAGCUACUGUUGUAGACUCAAAUAUUUCAGAUACAGAAACUAAAGAAAUAGUAAAACAAGAAUCAACAAAAUAACAAUUAGAUUAAGACAUUAUGUAGGUUUGAAAUUAAAUAAUUUAGUAUUUGUAAAUAUAAUAUAAUUGAUUGAAUUAAAAUUAAAAAAAAAAAUACUGUAUUACUUCUACUAAACAUGCUACCAAUAGCGAUUUAUUUUACAACCUUAUCUUGACCUGAAUUAAAAAAAUAUAUGUCUAUAGUACACAAAUUACAAACAAAAUAUAAUAGUGAUAUAAUAUUAUAAGGUAUAUAACAUUAUUAACCAGUAGAUUUAUGUCAACCUUAUAAUUACAUAAAAAUAGUUCAAUUUGUGAUGGAAUUAAUAAAAUAAAUACAACUCUUAAAAUGCUUGAUACUAUAAGA